AAUGAACGUUCGAAGCGGGGCUAAUGGGGCUGGGGUUUUCCUCCUACCGCAAAAGCCUGAGGCUGGCGGAUACAUGCGCAGCAUUUUAACUUGUCUCAUACAAGGUUUCUGUGCCGGGCGUAUUUUGUGCUUUGUUUCUAAAAACGUUGGCGGGUCUGUAGCGUGAUCAUCGCUGGUGGGAGCCCGACUUGUAGCCUGCAUUCUGCCUCUUUUUUCGACCGUGCGACGGCGAACGCUGACAGCCAUAUUCCACUGCAGCGUAGCUAGCUUUAGCUGGAGGUGGAGCUGGCCCCGUCCUUAAAUCCCCGCUGAAUUAAGAUGCUUUUAUUCGGAUUGUUGGUCUGGUUAAACCGUGUUUAUAACAGGGUGGUGUUGCAAAGCGGCAUAUUUGUCCGUGGUGUGAUCAAAGCUCCUACCCAAGUGUGUGUCAGGAGAAUGGAAUGAGUCGGCCGAUGUUGCGUUCAGGAGCUGCUUCCUUCAUCACUGAGGGGAGAGUAGUUUAUCAAAUGUUUAAGAUGUCUUUGAAAGAUGAAGCUGUAAGAUGAAGUUUAUAUAAACUGUGUUCAUGUUAAUGUUACUUUUACUUGUAGCUUAUUUACUAAAAUUUACAAUGAGAGAAACGUGACUUACACACGUUAUUGAAUACAUUUGAUGUUAUUUUAACAAUGAUUGACACGUGUUGCGCCGGGAUUGCGUUUUAAAUGUUGGAGUCAACAGUUUGUUUAUUAAAAUGACAGGUUGUGAAGAACAGUCCAGAAUCUUCCACUAAAAUCGGACGCGAACGCAGCAUCUUUGCGUGAGUUCUGGUACGUGAUGUGGGCGGGGCUUUAAGGAGGCACGUACGGCACGGUGGGCUCAUUGCACAGUGCACACACGCAUAAAGUGAGCUGUUUGGUAGCAGGCGCUGCGUUUGACAGAUUUUCUUCUCACGGAGCUUCGCGCUGACAGAGACGGAGGUUUUCGGCGACUAAAACCAGGGACCGGGACGGGAGAGAGGCUUUACCCCGCUGGGCCUGAGCUGAUUUGUCAGCCGUGUGUAGGUUUGGUUUGCACCCUUCAAGUGUCCUGUGACUCUGGGCUCACCAUGGUGGUCUGAGCACACAAAACGGGGGGAACGCAGAAAGACGCGACCUGAAGAGGAGCAGAGGGACGGACUGGACACAGAGAGAAACGGACAAACUGAAAAUGUCUCAAAACCAAGAACUAGUUCUUUUCUAUAUUAGAUAUAAACUGUCACAGAGGAACUAUCCCCUCAACCACAUAGUCCUCAAUGACCCCCUAAACAGGACUGGUGCGGGGGAUGCGGUGGUGGGGGGUGAGGAGGAGAGGACAGAGACACACGCCAAUGGGACCUUUAACAGGACGAGUCCCGGGACCCCAGCGGCGUCCCCGCUACGGCAGCAGCCGCCGGCGUCCACGACGGACAUGGACCGGGUGAAAGAGGCCCUCCGAGACACGGCCAACGAGUUCGAGCUGCGAUACGCCCGCGCCUUCAACGACCUGCACAGCCAGCUGCACAUCACGCCCGCCACGGCCUACCAAAGCUUCGAGAACGUGAUGGACGAGGUGUUCCGGGACGGCGUCAACUGGGGGCGCAUUGUGGGACUCUUCGCGUUCGGCGGCGCGCUGUGUGUAGAGUGCGUGGAGAAGGAGAUGAGUCCCCUGGUGGUCAGGAUCGUGGAGUGGAUGACCGUCUACCUGGACAACCACAUUCAGCCCUGGAUCCAGAGUCAGGGAGGAUGGGAGCGCUUCGCCGACAUCUUUGGGCACGACGCGGCGGCUGAAAGCAGGAGGUUCCAGGAGAGCUUUAGGAUGUGGCUGCUGGUGGGAAUGACCGUGCUCACGGCGGUCGUGGCAGGCUCGCUGUUCGCGCAGAAACGCCUGUGAGAAGAUGGCCGUCCUCACCUUUUCCUUCCCACCCACCGCCUCUGUUCAGAUGAAGGUCCUGUCGCUCUCCGCCGAGAUCAGAACUGAUGAUGUUUACGUACCUGUCGUCUCGUGGCGGACGGAGAAUCCUGAAGCGUGGUUGGACGUUUGAGACAUUAACAGUUUUCGUAUUCAUGUGUUCACUUUAUUCCACCUUAAAACUCACGGGGCCGGUUCUUUUCCUCUCCGGUUCUUUCAUCCUUUCUUCUGUACAUAUUAUUGAAGAGCUUUUGUUUUUUUGACUCUUUAAAGAUCCUGUAAGUGAUUCUAGUUUUUUAAUGAACCCAGAUUGGUCGGACCGAGUCGGUGUUGCCCUGAAGCUUGAUUUUAUGACCCCUCUAACAGACGGACAGGUUUGCUUGUGCCAUAUGGAGAACGAACGUCCCCGAGCGUCGUCGCCUCUCCCUGCCCUGUCUGAGCUACUCCUUCAGAUGGGACGGACGAAAAAGCAGAUUGUAGUUGAGACUGGCGCCAAAGUGUGUGUUGGUGCGUUUGAUUUUAUUCUCUUUAUUUCUGUGUUUGUGAACCAUUAAAAUCCCGCUGCUGCACCUCACUUGUCCUUCAUGUCCUUGGCCCGGCGUUUAUGAGCAGCUUUAACCUCAAGCCUCUUAGUCACGCUUGGGCUGAAACGACGUUUUUUAUUCUAAUUAAACACAAAACGAUUCACUCAAAAUCAACUUUUCUGAGGUUUGAUUUUAUUCUCUGCGUUUUCUGUUUUUGUCACAAACCAAAUCCGAGCCGAGUGGCAUUUAGGGACACUCGGGUGUGGAGUCUCCUGUAAGCUAGUCAUGAUCAGAGGACAUUUUGAAUGUUUUCCAGAAAGGAUAACGUAUUAAACACCUCUCUGAUUCUCUGUUGGGAUGUUUACUCGUAGAUGUUCUAUAAAUAAGAUGAUUUAAAGUUUGGAUCUCCGCUGCUGCAUCCAGCCGUUUUCAGCAGUUUAAGUGCGAGUCCAUGUUAAAACCCUCUUUCUGCUCCGAUUCCUCCUCGUGUCCUUUCAUGUCCAACCUGACGUUUAUCAGUGAGACGCUCCGCGUCUCGUGUCCUCGCCACCACAAAGAGCCUCAGAUCCCUUUGAUGUAGCAAGCUGAUGAAGACCACACGGAUGCUGUUUGUGUUUGAUUUGAUUGUUCCUGUUUGCCGGCUGACUGACGGCUGCAGAACGUUGAAGCCAGACGCCUUCAUGUCUGCUAAGUUAUCCAUGAAUAAUUUUCAUCAGGUGUCCUCCCCAGGCGCCUCAGAGCUGUCACAUCUCCAGUCGUUUUCCAUCCUCAUCCAGCGUUUCCCCAUCCUCCCAUCAGUCCCACGACUGUCGCAACAGCGUGUCAGUCACAGCUGGCCCGCCCGCCGCCUCACACACACACACACACACACACACACACACACACACCUGAGCUCAGCAGCACACUGGUGAAAAUACACCAGGGUGGGAGAGAGGAGACCCCGUCUUGGUUUCUGAGCAUCUCUCCGUCUGUAAUUUAGGGCUGCAGUUGCGGGAGUUUUUGUUGCCUACUGUGUGUGUGUGUGUGUGUGUGUGUGUGUGUGUGUGUGUGUGUGUGUGUGUGUGUGUGUGUGUGUGUGUGUGUGUGUGUGUGUGUGUGUGUGUGUGUGUGUGUGUGUGUGUGUGUGUGUGUGUGUGUGUGUGUGUGUGUGUGUGUGUGUGUGUGUGUCCAUCUCCAGUCCCGGAGUCUUCCAGCUGCUUCACAUUUCCAUCCCAAUGCCAGCUCCAUGACGAUAUGUCUGAAAGUGUUAAGGUGGCACAGAAACACAGCAUAGAUGCUGUUUUCUGAUUGACUUACUUAAUUCAUCCAUCCUUAAAGAGCAAAAUGUAAAAAAAUAAAUAAAAACAUCCUGAUGUAAGAAUCUGGAUGACAUUCUCAGUGGAAAUGGCUUCAUCUUCAUAUCAGGACUCAGCUUUUGCCCUUGUUCUUAGACCCUCGUGGAUUCCUCUCUCUCUGCCAUCCGGUAAAAUAAAGUUCCUCCAAAUAUGUAAAAACAAUAAAAAUAAAAAGUUCAUAUUGAUCUAAAUACUUCUGCCUCGAGCCUCCGCUGACUAGCUCUCAUCAUUCCAGUACAGUAUUUUUAUAAAUCUAUUUUUCUAGCGUGUGCUCCAUCCAGAAGCUGCUCGUGGUCUUUUUGUUCCUCAGCUCAACUUAUGAGACGUGUGUGUGUGUGUGUGUGUGUGUGUGUGUGUGUGUGUGUGUGUGUGUGUGUGUGUGUGUGUGUGUGUGUGUGUGUGUGUGUGUGUGUGUGUGUGUGUGUGUGUGUGUGUGUGUGUGUGUGUGUGUGUGUGUGUGUGUGUGUGUGUGUGUGUGUGUGUGUGUGUGUGUGUGUGUGUGUGUGUGUGUGUGUGUGUGUGUGUGUGUGUGUGUGUGAGGCAUGGUUUUGAAGGAGGCCCUUAUGAAGGAGGUGUAAGCAUUGGCACGACCCUAUAUAUCUAACUCUCCAUACAUAUAUACACAUAUAUGUAUUCACAUAUAAAUGCUCGUUAUUUAAACCGAUUAGAAUAGUGAUUUAGUUUAGUGGCAUAUUUAAAAAAAAACUAAAAUAAUGGCUUAAAUUUUAUUUAUAUUUAAUGUCAAAAGCUCCUUAAAAUGGCCUUGAACUCCAUCUCUGCUUCGAUGUCACCAGUGGGUUGUUUUUUAUGUUUUUAGGUCUUUUUCUAGGCAGAAACGUGCAAACAGGUGAAGAAAUGUCUGUUUUUCAUGUUGGGUAACAGAUUUCAGAUGGUGAUCAUGUUGAGUUGGUUUGUCUCUAGAAUGCCAGUGUAACAUUUUAGCUAACACUGAAUCCAAUAAAGCCCAAUGUUGGAAGGUG